CUUGCUGCGAGAUCAUGGCGGUUGACGGCUCCGUACCGGCCACGCGUGGUGGGCCCAGGCAGACGAAGAGUUGCCCUGCAACGUUUCCCGCUCGUCGUUCAAAAAUAAAGGGUAGGGAUCGCCAGCGUUGAACCUCUUUCUCUCUCUCUCGCAGAAGGAUGAAUCACCGGGUGAUGAGAUUUUCAGGCAAGGCUCGCCAGAGGAGUCUCGCCGGGAAGGAGAAGGAAAACGCAGCCCAGGAUACGGCCUUGGUCAAGGAUCCCUCCGUUUCUGGUAGUAUUGGUCAAAGGAAAAAGCAUCCUCUUGGGGAGAGUAAACACACCAAUAUUAUAGGAGCUGUAACAGUAGAAAAAAUCUCAAAACCUUUGGCUAAGAGGCAUUCUGCAAAGUUGAAAGUUGUGGGUCCUAUACUGAAGGUUGAGAGGCAUGCUGAUGGCUUAACAGGAAAGUUGUUAGAAGAGACACCUGGAUGCAUGAAGCCAACCAUCAAGUCUGGACGAGUUUCCACAAACAGUGGCAGAAUUUUGUUUGAUGCAGCCAAAUCAACCCAAAGCAGGAGCAUCUCAUUUGAAGACCAACUUGAAGGGAACCUUGCACAAAAAAGAAAUAUCAACAGAGAUAACAUGCAUUCACCUGCUAAACUCCACUCUAGCUUACGGUGCUCACCAUCUCUGAGUACAGAGAAGCACAAUCGAAAUAUGGAACAUGAUUUUCAAACAUCAGAAUAUUGGAUUUCUCAGAUACAUAUGGCAGAAUUUGCUGGAAAGCAUUUUGUUGCAUUCGAAUUUUUCCGCCUUGCCUUGGAAUGCAAGGCCAAGCCAUUUGAGAGUCUUUUUGAUGAGCUUCAAGGCUAUGCCGACAGGCAUGUUUAUCUGCUUGCAGAAACUGCAUGGCAAGCCCUUUUCCUUACUUAUGGUUCAUCAAUAUCUGAAAUUAAGUGUGUGGGCUUGAAUUCUCCCUUCCUUAGAGCUGGAAAUCAUCAUGGCAGUGAAGAUACAAAAUGCCUUGCUGUGGAGUGUUAUUCUUGCAUUAGCAGUUCAGAUUCUCAGGAUGCAGACUUUGAAGAAUAUAAGUAUAAAGAUUCCAUCGAUAGCGAUGAGAUUUCCAAAAUUAGUGCUCCUGAAAGUUCAUCAGUAGUGGAGCACAGUUACAGCCAUGGAAAUGAGAAACAUGAUGGUUACUUGCUGCUAGCAGAUGAUUGUGUCAAAGAAAAAUCAGCUACAAAUGGAAUUGAGGAGUUCCAUAACGUGGGGCUGGAGAAAAUAAACCUUCCCAUGAAGCCAGAUACUGCGACGAAGCAUAAUGAGGCAAAUGCCAGAACAAUUGCUUAUCAGAAUAUUUCAUCAAACAAAUCUAAAGGAGGCUUUUCUUCCGAGUCAUCACUUCUUUCUAUAAUUCCAUGGUCGGUCUGUGCGAUUCAAUAUUUGUUAGUCAUAUUCUGGAUGUGUUUGCUAUUAACUGUGUCGUUUCUGCUUUUGGAUGUGAUUGUUACUGUAUUAUGAAGUACGGUUGGAAGCUACUUGUGUACAGCAAAACUGUUGAAUAUGCUGAUCUUUGUUACUAAAUGAGUA